GUUUUUGUUUUUUGACUAACUUAACAUCUAAGCACUUAACAUCUAAGCUAAACUGAAACAAAAGAAAAAUAUUAUUUAAAAAAAAAAGAAAAAAACUGAAACAAAAGAUUGUGAGAGGCUGAAUUGAGUCAUAGAAAAAGAUCGCAACAGAAUUUACAUUGAUCGGAUACAAAAAUGCAUAACCGUUUCCGUCAUUUCCGCACCAAGCAACAAAAACCCUAACUAACUAACUCUCUCUCUCUCUCUCUGUUUUCUCGCUCCUCUGUUUCAAGGAUUCAACAAUGGCUACUACACCGCUUUACCGCAACGAACUUGAACUGUUCAUCCUCCGCGAUCUCCAAAGCAUCAACGAUGAAUACGACAAUCCUUUCACUCAAGAACAAGUCGACAGAAUCAUCAAAUUCAUCGCCACUGAUUACAGCGAUCGUCGCCUUCGAAUUCGUGCCGAUAUCGCUGCUAAGCAUGUUUACGAUCAUGUUCCUCGAUUCGUAGCGUACGGUUAUCUUAACGAAUUGCUUGAGAAAUUAGUUCAGAAUUCACCUACUACGAUUCUUGAAAAUCAUGUUGAAUCGUUCGCUUUCUUGAUUCGUGAACUUAAAGGAUAUUUUGAUGGAGCUUUAUGGUUAAUUGAAUUGGAGAGUUUUCUGCUUGAGAAUGAGAAUUUUUUUAAGGAAGUUGAAGCUACUGAGGAGUUUGUUAAGGAAAUUUUUCAGGAUCGGUUGAAAAGUAUUGAAGAUGAAAAGAAACAGUGUCUUGUGGAGCUUCAAGUAGCGAAUGCUUUGUCGAAUUGUCCUUUGGAAUCGGAGGAGGAGAUGUCUGAUGAUGCUUUGAUCGAGUAUCUUGUUUACUCCGAUGUGAUUAAGUGCUUCUUCGAGAAGGAGAUGGAGGAUGUUCAGGCUAUGAUGAGGGAGGUUCAGUUGGAGAUGAAACCGGCUCUAGAGUUUGAUGCUAAAUACAAACUAGAUGAUCUUGAGUUCCACCUUUUUGCUCCGACGAUUAUUCGGGAGAAAUCGAACAAAAGAUACAUCGAUGACAAGCUUGAAUACUUAUGCCCAAAUAAAGGAAGCCAAUCCUCUUAUGACAGCACAAGUAAAGGAAGCCACUUUUGGCAAGGUGUCUAGGUGGUUAGAAUAUAAGAAGAACAUGUAAAGGAAGCAGAAAAAGUUGAAUUAGAAUGAAUGUCAGAUAGUUAGCACUCGAUAAUCUUCCACUUUCAUCGUUUAUUUUUGUUCAAUUCUCAUUCUCAGUGUUAGUACUUUGAUAAGUUUCUUUUGGAUAGUGAACAUGCUUUGGUUUAUUUUUGUAUAGCCAUACUUGAGUGCUUUAUCAAGUUUCUUUUGGAUAGUGA